AUGACUCACGCGUCAAGAUACCGCUCAAGCUCUCCAGGGAGCCGGCGGCUUGUCGAUCCCAUGCGAGCAUCGACAGGAACUGUUGCCGCUGAAGACUUUUACGCCUCGCCUACGAGCUAUCAUGCCUACGACGGUUAUCUAUCGCCCAAAGUCGCUGAACGACGAGGGGGAUUUUUCAGUGUCGAUAGUGGAGAUCGUCUAGAAGCUCAUCCUAUUUCCACCAAAACCUACAGAGAUGCAAACCAUUCCACGAAGCUGAAAACAUCUUACGCAAUCCGACCUCGAAGCCAGACCACUACCGAUUCCAGUCGACGCCCGCUAAGCUUGCACAUUCCAUCGUCGACAMCCUCGUCAAGCCGUAAGGCACCAGUUGUCACUUCCGCAUACGAAAGGUCCGCAAGUCCUCUACCGCCCCGUGCAUCGCAUGUUCGGGAUGAGCCAGAACGCUACGUUUCACCAGCAACUUCCGGCCGGUCUCACAAACGCAUAUUAAGUUCAGAUUACACAAGCGAUAGUGGCUACGGAAAAUCAAUUGAGAAACAUAGACCGCGCGAGACCCGUUAUCAUGUCUACCGGCCGGCAGGUGUUUCACGCUAUCAAGCCUAUGGAGAUCCCAGACAGUGGGACGAUUCCAAGUAUUACGAUGCUUAUUCAUAUACGAGUCCACGAGAGAAUUUCGAAAAGGAGUCAGCUGCGAGAAGCUCGCAGCGAACUUAUGGCCGAGUAGGGCGACCGACAAGCAUGAUGGCUACCAGCUCUGCUCUGGUCCGUCCGGCUCAUCACAAAGAAUCCAAGAGAUUACCAUCAUCCCAUCGCGGGUCUGAACGACACCCUGCUGAAGAUAGAUUGCGUAUCACCAAUGGUCGGGACUACACAGAUAGCGAAACCUACAGGGACCAUCAGAGAUACCCACACCAACAACAUCUCGUGGUGCACCAAGACCGAGAGGACGGUUAUCAGUCGUUCACGGAUGAUCACAAGCAUUCCAGCCGUCAUCGUCACCACUCUCGUCCACGAGAGUCUCGCAAGAAGCAUGUCGAGGACUAUUUGGCUCCAGUGCUUGGUGGACUUGCUACUCUUGGGUUGGCAAGUGGUUAUUCUGAUGACGGCCGGGAGGCCGAUCGAGCUGGUCGCUCAGAAAGACAUCGUUCACGGGAAGUUGGGCCCGAUGAUCAUGAUAGGGAUUACUAUAAAGAUCGAGAGCGAGAAAAGGAAGCAGUUUCAGGGGAUGAGCGGGUCCGUCAUCGUCGUAGGCGUCACAGGGAUCGUUCUCAGCGCCCUGGAUCAUCGUCAGACUCGGAAGAUUCUAGCUCUGAAGGGCACUCACGACGACGGCGACGUGAGAAGUCAACCUCGCGGAAGAAACAUGAUUCAAGCAGCUCCGAGGGGACUCGUGAUCGACGCAGCAAGCAAGACUCUGACAAACUACUUUCUGUACGAAAGGACGAUAGCAGCAGACGAUCUGUGGAUGAGGAAAGUGUUGAACGUCCUCGAAAGCCAAUAGCUGUCGAACCUCCCGUGGUCAAGGAGCCGGAAGCUCCGCCUAAGGGCAUUCUCAAGGCCCCUCGCGAGAAAUUUCCCGAAGAUGAGAAUCAUAUCCGAGAAGGCGUGGCACCUCUCAAAGAUGCGCAGAAGAAUGGUAUUCCGCCGGGGGCUCGAUGGACCAAGAUCGAUCGACGACUUGUCAAUCCAGCUGCACUCGAAGUAGGCCAUGAGCGGUUUGAGGAACGGGCUGAAUAUGUGAUUGUGCUUCGAGUGUUGACAAAGGAGGAAAUACAAGCCUACGCGGUGAAGACGCAAGAAAUCCGAGAUGCUCGAUACAAAGUUGCCCAAGAAGAACGCCGUAAACUACGGGAAGAACGACGUCGUAAUGGCCAAAUUGAUAUAUCUUCUAGCGAUGAUGAAGAAGACGAUGAAGAGGAGUCAGCUCCCUUGGCUAUCGAACCAGCGCCGGCCAAGGACGACUUCCCAGUGCCGCGAGGCAGGGACCGUGUUGCCCCUGAGAUUGUGGCAGAGGUGAAGAAGUAA